AUGGUGGCCAAUUUCAGCUUGUCCUUCUCCCAGAUCCCACCUCCACUAGCCACCACCUGUCCUUACCCAGUAGACCUGGUUUUCCUCCUUGACAGCUCAGAGAGUUUCAGGACACUCGGUUUCGAGGACGCGAAGACGUUUGUCCAGAAUGUAGUCAACUAUUUUACACUUGGUGAAAACGACAAGAGGGUCGGUGUUGUUACGUACAGCAACGAAGACGAGCAGGUUACCCGUAUUAAACUAAAUAACAAUUACACCAGAGUCGAGCUCUUCAAUGAAAUUCGCAACAUUCCGUACGACAGAGGCCAUACCUUUACAGGACUUGGUCUCGAUCACGUGCGUAACUAUUCUUUCCUCGAAGAAAACGGCCGACGGAAUAGUACUCUUGACUUUUUGAUCCUAUUAACCGACGAUGAAUCUGAGGACGACGUCAGCGGCCCGGCACAGCUGCUACGCGACAUGGGCGUCUUUGUGUUUGCUGUGGGCGUUGGCGAGGAAAGCGACGUUAGUCAGGCUACUCUAGUGACUAUUGCUGGAGAUCCGCGCAGGGUGUUCAGACUGACGGACCACGAUUUCCUGGAGCAAGACGCGCCCACCCAAUGUCCGACUUUGACGGCCCCAGCUAACGGAGCGCUCAGUACCACAGCGACCUCCUACCUGACCGUGGUCACCUUCACCUGUAACCCGGGAUACGUACUGACCGGCGCUGCUAAUACGACGUGCCAAGCUGACAUAACAUGGAGUAAUCCUGUUCCAACAUGCACACUGGUUCAAUGUCCGGUUCGGGCGGCCCCAGCUAACGGAGCGGUGAGUCCUACCGGAGCGAACUUCUACCUGACCGUGGUCACCUUCACCUGUAACAUUGGAUACACACUGAACGGCGCUGCUGCUGCGACGUGCCAAUCUGACGGAACAUGGAGCAAUCCUGUACCAACAUGCCAAGUUGUACAAUGUCCGGCUCGGGCGGCCCCAGCUAACGGAGCGGUGACUCCUACCGGAGCGGUCUCCUACCCGAACGGUGCCACCUUCACCUGUAACUCAGGAUACACACUGGGCGGCGUUGCUACUCCGACAUGCCGAGCUGACGGGACAUGGAGUCAUCCUGUUCCAACAUGCACACAGGUCCAAUGUCCACCUUUGACGGCCCCAGCUAACGGAGCGCUCAGUACGACAGCAAGGAAUUACAAUACCGUGGUCACCUUCACCUGUAACACGGGAUACAACAGGAAUGGCGCUACUUCUGCGACCUGCCAAGCUGACGGAACAUGGAGUAAUCCUGUUCCAACAUGUAGAGAUAUUAACGACUGUAUUCCCAACCCGUGUAAAAAUGGCGGAACUUGCACCGAUCUGGUCAAUGACUUUCAGUGUUCAUGUUCGGCUGGCUAUAGUGGAGAUACUUGUCAGUCAGCAGAAGAUGUGUACGAAAGCGUCAGGACUCCAGGAAGGGCGGCGUCCCAGCGAUCCGGAACCGGAAGUGACGCGUACUACUCCUAUCCCAUGGUGCCCCGGCCGCUUCCCCCUCCCCUUCCCAGCCAGCCUCGCGGCCAUUACCAGAACCUGAGACCAGCGGUGUACCAGGGUCUACAGACGGACAGGGGUGCAUCACUUCCACCUCAGAACAACAAGGGACGAAAAGAGAUCUCGCAUAAUUUUACGUAGUUUCUGAUAUCACUUUCUGAUUGCUUGUUCCAAAUAUGUUUAAUAUAUUUCACUCUACAUAGGUUUAUCAUACUCAUAUACAGUACUAAGUCACUGAGUAGGGCUACCCUGGUUAAAGAACACAGAAGAUAAAAAAAAAUUGCCUAAUACCGAGAUUUCUAUCAAUAGUUGUAAAUAAUAAACAGCACGUUGACAUGUUCAAUCCAUGCUUUGUACACAUGGGCCAAUAUCUAAAAAUGACCUAAAAGGCUACAAAUUUUCACAUUAGCUGUUAGGUAUAUUCGCAUUCCAUACUAUGCAUUUUUUUAAAAAGUACUUAGUGUCAUUGUAUGUUUAGUUAAUAUCUCACACGAUUGCUAAACCAAUAUGGUUUCCAGACAGUAUUCAGUGUCUUAGAUGCGAAUUUUACGAGAAUAUUUCGUAAAAUAACAUCGUUGACUAUUGUAUAUCCGCAUGAUCGAAUUUUUUAUGAGGGUUCUC